CUGAAAGUCCCUUGUUAAAUGUUAGCUCGUCUUGAGUUAUAUCAAGAAUGAGGCGGACGGUGAAGAGUUUGGUGCUGGCCUUGGCGCUGCUGUUUUUGUGGCGGCUCCGCGGAGGCGCACAAGCCUGCAGCUGUUUUCCAAGACAUCCCCAGGAGGUGUUUUGUCAAACGGAAGUUGUCAUAAAGGCAACGGUCGUCGGGAAGUCUGAAGUGAGCUUAAAACCUGGUGGGGGAAAUCCUGGUAUCUUUGAUCCGAGCAACUUCAACGUUAUCAAGUAUGACAUCCAACAGACUGGGGCAUUCAAGGGCCCUGAAAAGCUUUUUGGUUCAGUCUUCACUGCAACCAACUCUGCAGCGUGCGGAGUCAAUCUGGUCAACGGCACAGAGUAUCUACUCCCAGGGCGACUGGAUGACAACGGUUUGCUGCACGUCUCGUUGUGCAGCUUCGUCUCGCGGUGGGAGGACUUGAGCGCCACGCAAAAGAGAGGUGUGAUGCAGCGCUACCAGCUGGGCUGCGAUUGCAAGAUCACAUUCUGCUCCUCCACGCCGUGCGGAACCACCCAGUCCGAGUGCUUGUGGACAGACUUUCUGAUGGGGCAGCUGUUCCGACACUUUACUUGCAUCAAGAGAAGUGACGGCUGUUGCGGUUGGUUCACAGGGGGCCUCUAGCCCAAAAAGCAACUUGCUGAUAUUGAAGACCCUUAAUGCAAAUAAAAACAAAAUGAAACAACGCAGUCUUUGUCUUUUUUUUAGCAGUUUCUGACACCAGAACACUCGAGCGCUAACCUAAGCAUCUAAAAGGAAUGUCUGGUAUCUGGUCGGUAAUGCCACCUCAUUUUGGACUCUGGCUGCACAGGCCAAAACCCCGUCUGAAAUAUUGCUUGAUGGCACGUUAGCCAGAGAACUGAAACUGGGUGAGACUUGGUACAACUACAAAUUGAAUUUUGAUUGGAGUUCCCAUUCCUAAUUUAUGUUACUAGAAGCUAUCUCUGAUUCAAUUUGAGGCCGGGAAAAACAAUAAUUCAAAAGUAAAAAUGAGCCAGACAAUGCCAUUUAUUGAUUAAAGUGAGGGU